GCGUGGGGCGCCUGGAGAGUAGAGACCCAAAAGAUUGACGAAGAGAAGUCGCAGCUCAACGGCAACCCAGCUUUUGAAUUGUCGUUUGGAGAUAAUCCUCUUGCGUCGUUUCCCAGUUUCACGGAUUUGUUACCUUUCUCGUGAGGAAUCCAUGUUCUGCGGGUGUUGAUUUUUUAGUGGAUAUUGUGAUGAUCAGUGGCUCGAUUACUGCUUGGUGCAGUAGUUGUUUUGGAUGUCGCCUGAAGCCUACACCAAUUAUAGCUGUGGAUGAGCCAGCAAAAGGACUAAGAAUUCAGGGGCAGACAGUGAGGAAACCAGCCAUAUCAGAUGGUUUCUGGAGUUCGAGCACAUGUGAUCUGGAUUACAACACUGUUCAAUCUCAAAGAAGCAUGACCUCUGUCAGCACAUUAAACCAACUUUUCUAUCAUAGCAGUGAACUUUCUCCCACAGGCACCCAUCCUGAAUUUGUGAACCAAGGUCUUCUUCUCUGGAAUGAGAGCAGGAUUCAGUGGGUUGGAUAGGGUAGCAGAUCUAAGAAGCAGAGUAAACAGAAACAAGAACCCAAACUUAACUGGGAUGCAACUUAUGAUAGUUUGCUUGGGACUAAACAACGUUUUCCCAGGGCUGUACCUUUGUCUGAAAUGGUUGAAUUCUUGGUGAAAAUUUGGGAGCAUGAAGGGAUGUAUGAUUGAGACUGAUUGGGGCUACCGAAGCUGCUUCUGACUUUCUUUUUAUUAAAAUGCAAUCUUUAACUGGUGAAAAGCUUUAGUACAUACAUGUGAACAGAAGGUUAAAGAAUCAAACACACGUUUGUCUUUUGAUUGUAAUAUCAGAAGGACAAGAACCUACCUUUCUUAGUCCUUGAAAGGUGCCGUGACCGUAAAUUAUUUGAUUCUCCACUGAUUGUAUAGUACCACUCUGGUACUCUUGAAAGGGUGAAAUAGGAAUGAAAUAAUACUGUUGACUAUUGAGUACUGAAUGGAUACAAAGAAUUUAGCAUAUCAAAUUGAUAAUCA